UUUCAGCUGGUGAUGCUCCCAGUUUAGUGCAAGUGUCAUACACAUUUCCAGGGGGCAGAUGUAAGCACCUGGAUGUUUUUCAGCUAUUGAUAUACUUAAACAGUAGCUUGAAAGACUGAUAUCCACCUCUGGGAUCUUGAUUUCAAAACAAGCUGUAGACUCUUGUUGUGUGGCUCUGCCUCCCUGGCCAUUUGCAGUAUGAGUCUGGCUUGCUUAAUGUCCUAAAAUGAAUGUGACCGUGUGACAGGACUAACUGUACCUGCUGCUGAGACAAGUGCUGCAUCAGCAGGAAGGAGCUAUUUGCUCUUCUUUGGAAGGGAUUGAUCAGGAACAGGUUUGCAUUCUAAGAUGAAGCCAUUCUGAAUUUCUGUAUUUGUUCUGUGACUUCAGUUUCGCUUUGAAAUUAAAAUCUGUCCACACUGUGCAGAGUAUGAUCUUGCAGUUUCGUGUUGUACAUACUCUCUUGGUCUUCUCUUGUGGUACAGAAGGUGGCUGUUUGAUAGGAACACUGUUAGACUGGUGUUUCUGACAAUUUGUCAAGAGUUCUUUAGCUGUCCUGUUUUCAAAAAUACUGCUUGUAUCAGUACACAGCAACACCAGUACAAACAAUAACACACCUAAAAAAAUAUAUAUUGAAUGGUCUGCUUUCUGCCCUCAAGGGUCUAAAUGACAAAUCUCCAGCUGAUACUAAUUUGAAUACUUUGAGUGCAUUCAAAUGAAUUUGUGGCUUUCAAAGCAGCCAGUUUAUCCACUGUGACUGCAUGGACUUGGUGGAACUAAGUGAAAAUCAUUUGAGCAUCAGCUGUGAGGUGAUUAGCACUGUAUUACAAGUGCAGAGUAGGGUUGGCAAGGAGAUGUCCAGGUUAUGUGGCAUGUCCUGGCCUCUCACGCCCUGACAUCAGUCACGUUCCUAUGGGGUGCUCCAGCAUCUUCCUCCUGCCUUUCUGUUGAGCAUUACCCCAUGGAAACUCAUUCCCCAUACCUUUCACCCCCUUUAAGCAAUUAUUGUUUUCAUUAAAAUGAAAACCAAACUCAAAUGUACUAGUGAAAUUUUUAUCAGACAUUUUCCCUAACUCUAUAUUGAAAUGAAUUACAAUGCAAAGCCAGUUGAACAAAUACUUCCCUAAUUCAUUAUGAAAAACACUUACAAGAUGAUUUUAUUAAAUUCUAUGUUAUUCCACGCAAACUGACCGAUUUAAAAGGAAGAAAUAAAUGCAAACAUCUAAAAAACCCCCUUCUAUUAUGCUACUGAAAGAAAAAUGUGCUGCAGAGCUGUUUAAAAAAAGCGGAAGAACUAAUUACCAUCAAAUAAGAUGCAGCAGGAGUAUUUUUGGAAUAAUGGACUCUAAUUAGUCCAUUGCUCGUGGAAAUAAAUCUGAGGACAUCAUUAACACAUCUUUUUCUAUUAAUUGUAGCUGUUUCGGGUUUGGUGUAAGCGGGUUGUUAUCUUGUGACAGUUGCAUUGCAAAGAGGAAAAAAAAAAAAGUGAGAAGAGUAUUUUUAUCUGGGGUAGUUGGCAGUGCCUUCUGGGAGCCAAGGAGAGCUGUAAUUAUACUUUUGAAAAGUGAAAAUUGGGCAUUAUAAGGAAGGUGCGGGAAGGGGGCGUUUUGGCCGGCCAGAGGCGGGUCCCGCUCCACGCAGUAAAUCCGGUGCGGGCUUUGCGGCCGCCCGGGCGCGGGGCAGCCCCGCGGUCAGCGGUAAAGUCCGGAGCCGGAUCGCGGCGGGGGUCGCGCCCGGAGCGGGUCCGCGGCGCUCCGGGUGCCCCGGCCAGCGCCUCGCGAUCUGAAAGCCUGCGGAAAAAAAAUAAUAAAAAUAAAAAUAAAAAAAUAUCAAAACCCCCGCCGGAACGCAACAGUAAAACAUGUGAACAGAGAAUCCCUGGGACGGCCCGCAGACCCCCUUGCCCGGGGGCCGGUCGGGGCCGGGCCGCGCCGCUCUGGCCGCCCGCCCGCGCGGGGCCCUAGCGGAGCUAUUUUGGAAGUGACCCCUCGGGCGGCCGGAGCGCGGGGCGGGCGCAGAGAGCCGGCGCAGCUGUCCGGAAUCAUGACUGAAGAUGACGGAUUCCGUGGUGGUGGAGGGUCACGUCAAGUUGAGAGACGGAAAAAAGGUCCCCGCUCCCGGCGCCCCUUCGGCCCGCGGGGGUCCCCGACCGCCGCCCCCUUGUCCUGAGGGGAGAGAGCCCGCUCUCCCCUCCCGGCCCCGGCUAACCCUGUCCCUUUGCCUCUCGUUGCAGUGGAAGAGCAGGUGGCUGGUGCUGCGCAAGCCCUCCCCGGUGGCAGUUUUGCUCCUUUUAGACUGUUUGCUCAUGCUGGUGUACAAGGAUAAAUCUGAACGAGCAAAAGGGCAUAAGGAGAGGAGCAGCAUGACCUUAGAAGACAUCUGUGGCUUGGAUCCUGGGCUCUCCUAUGAGGGCCUGAAUCACACCCUCGCAAUCAUCUGUCUCUCCCAAGUUGUGAUGCUGGGAUUUGAGAACAAGGAAACAAUGUAUGCCUGGGAUGUACGAAUACGCUACAGUUUGGGGGAAGUUCAUAGAUUUCAAGUCUUUGUAGCCCCUGGCACAAAACUAGAGAGUGGGCCUGCUACCCUGCAUUUCUGCAAUGACAUCCUUGUCCUUGUGAAGGACCUUCCUCCCAGUGUCAUGGGGCAGUGGAAACUCUCAGAUCUGCGUCGCUACGGAGCUGUCCCAAACGGAUUCAUCUUUGAAGGGGGAACCAGGUGCGGCUUCUGGGCUGGUGUUUUUUUCCUCUCUUGCACUGAAGGGGAGCAGAUCAGCUUCCUGUUCGACUGCAUCGUCCGCGGCAUCUCCCCGACCAAAGGCCCUUUUGGUUUGCGUCCAGUGCUCCCAGAUCCAAGUACAAACCCAGCCUAUUCAGAAGAAAGACUGGCUCAUGAAGCUUUGCAAUUAGAAAAGCGCUUGAGCUUGCUGUCCCAUACAAGUCGCCAAGGUAGUGGAGGAGAUGAUAGGAGUAUUUCAAGCUCAUCUUCAGAUACCAGCCACUCGGAUGUCAGUGUUGGGAGCAGGUUGACAGUGUGGCCUGAACAGUCUUCAGCCAGCACCUCUCAGGAGAGCCAUGGGCUGGCAGCUGCAAAGGGCAUUCACCUGGGAGAAGAAAAGACCCUUCCAGAAGGGGCACGUGGCACCGCUAAACCCCCUCCGAAGCCCCUCCGAUCCAGACAGCUGCAGGAAAUAGGUCGUCAGAGUUCUUCUGACAGUGGAAUAGCUACUGGUAGUCAUUCUUCCUACUCUGGAAGCUUCUCUUCCUAUGCUGGGAGCCUAGACAUUUGCCACGGUGAUGAGUUUGGAUCACUGCUAAGCUUGCCAUUGAACUUUCCUUCGGAUCAGAGUCUAUGUACUUGUCCUCACAGUGAGUCCCAGAGAGCUGUGGGAUCAGAGUACCAGGUUCCCAGCUCUCUCAGACACGUUUAUGAUAUACCCAGGAGUGUGUUACAGGCAGCUUCUAAAGAAGUGCAACUGAAGAGUGCAGAUUCCAUGUUACCCAAGGACCAGGCCCUGCCUGCUCAAGGUGCCAGUGACCCAAAACUGCUACUUCCACACUUGGAAGCACGGAGGGGACCUGAGCACGGCCAGCACAGAGGAAGGCCUUCAUCCUUACUCACAGAAAGCAGCAAGGACUCAAGUGAUGAGACAUAUGUGGAUUUUGUUUCAAGGUGGUCAGACACAAAACCACAAGGACAGGUGUCAGACUCCAAAAGUAGUGAGCUGUCACCACCUGGUGGGGCCUCAGCUGACCCCUGUGACACAUGUAGCCCCCACCCUGGGAUGACAAGAGCUCUUUUUUCAUCUUGUCCAAUCUGUGGUGGACUAAAGGGAACAGCAGUAUUACAGUCUGGAGUCUUACCAGCUAUAUCAGGUGGUGCUUCUGUCUUGGCAGCUUCUGGGUCUUUGAAAGUGCAUAGAGGGCACAGUCUCCAAGCUGGUCCUAAAGGUGGAUAUGAGAUGCUAACACUUCCUUCAGAACCUGGAACUCCAACUAGUUCUGAGGAACCUGAAGGGGCAGUAGGUUAUUCAGCUGAUGUCCCUACACCAGAUCGACCCCACAGUGAGACAGCCACCUAUGUCAAUAUUCCUGUCAGCCCUACUUCUAAAAAACAGCUUCACUACAUGGAACUGGAACUUCAAGAGUCUAGCACAAGCAUAAGAGGGAGUGGAUCGUCCCGGUAUGCCCAGAUUGACAUUGCAGCCACCGAGACAGCGCACAAAGUGGGGACGCAGCACGCGCAGUGCCGCGAGGAACGCCUGCAGGAGCUGGAGCAGAAGAAGAAAGGGGCUCAGCAGUGACCUGCCUAGGAAAGAACUUCGUGCUUGCCACAAAUUCAUACUAAUUCAUCUUGCAAAAGAUUCGUGUUUAUUGUAAAAAAGCACUCACACAAAACGCUGCCAUUGCCUCUUGCAGUUAUACCAGAUUCAUUCCGAUAUCUUGAUUCCUAAUUGGAAAGCUGAUAGCGUGAGGGAUGUGUUUGGUCUUUCCUUUUAUUUUAAUUUGGUUGUAAAUUCCAGAUUUACAUUUUUUUGUCAAAUGCAAUGCCAGAUGUAAGUUAACUUUUUCUAUAAUUCUAAAAUCUUGGAGAACCUGGAACCAAUUUCAGUGUCUAUUAAAUGGUGGCAUUUUCUUUGAAAAUAAAGAACUUGAAUGUG